GCGGCACACAUGAACAUCAGUGCUGCAAGCGGAGUUGACCACCCGUUGAUUUUACGUCGAAAUAUCUGCUUCUCGGUGUUUUAAUUCAAGCAGGGCAAGGACAUGACAGGAUAACACCCCUGUCAUCUCCACGGACUAACUCACAAACGCGUAGGAGGAGGGCUGAGUCGCUUGCUAGUUUUGAGCAUCUAGCUAAUGGUAGUAGUUAGCUUGCAGGCUAACGGUAGCUAGCUGGUGAGCGGUGUCCCGUUCUGCUUUGUGCCGUCAUUUGGCUAACUACACUGCUGACUCGCUAACGAAGGUCGGAGGGACUAAUGUUAGCUGGUAAAGCGUUUAGUUAGCCACUCAGCAACAUUAACGUGUCAUUUUAGUAAUUUCUUUUAAGACUGCACAUUCACUCGCUUCUCAUUUGUCAGUGGGUUUCGCGUUUUUUCCUGUUUUCUACGUUUAUUUAUUUUUACGAAAUUUUUUUUCGCUUGCUGCUCGCUAGCUAGCCAACUCCUCGGCUAUGCUAGCGCCAGCUCAGUGAGGACCUCACAUCGCAGGGGUGCGGAGAGCUCCAGCCGAGUCAAGGAAGGAAGACUUAUGAUGUGGGCUGGGGGAAGAGGAGGACUGUUAGGUGUAGGAGAGCAGCAGUAUUAGCUUAAGCACAGCGUAUUUUCUCACAUUAGUCCUUGUCGAGGUUGGGCCAUCGCGUCAGUCAAAGCUGUGUGUGGGACGCUGAAUGAAGAAAAGAAUUGGGGCACUUUGAUUUGCGAGCUGGCUAAAUGAAUAGUAUUGAUAUCGCCGAAUCGUGAGCUGGUGGCCGGUGUGCCAGCUUCAAGGGAAGACACUGCCAGGAUUAUCGCAGAGACUGCAACAACCAGCCAGAUUGCUUGAGAGAUGGCUUCGGCGAGCAGCAUUGCCGCAUCAAUUGCGAGCAAAACGAAGACCAAGAAAAAACACUUCGUUGCUCAGAAAGUGAAGCUCUUCCGUGCCAGCGACCCUCUGCUCAGCGUGGUUAUGUGGGGAGUCAACCAUUCGAUAAAUGAGUUAAGCCAUGUUCAGAUUCCCAUCAUGCUCAUGCCAGACGACUUCAAGGCCUAUUCUAAGAUUAAAGUGGACAACCACCUCUUCAACAAGGAGAACAUGCCCAGCCAUUUCAAGUUCAAGGAGUACUGCCCUCUGGUGUUUCGAAACCUCAGAGAGAGGUUUGGCAUCGAUGAUCAGGACUUCUUGAAUUCCUUGACACGCAGCGCUCCUUUGAACAGUGAGGCCCAGGGACGCAGUGGGGCCCGCUUCCAUACCUCUUACGACAAGCGCUACGUCAUCAAGACCAUCAGCAGUGAGGAUGUGGCCGAAAUGCAUAACAUUCUAAAGAAAUACCAUCAGUUCAUCGUGGAGUGCCAUGGCAACACGCUGCUGCCUCAGUUUCUGGGGAUGUACCGGCUCACAGUGGAUGGAGAUGAGACCUACAUGAUUGUUACACGCAAUGUUUUCUCCCACCGCCUUUCCGUCUACAAAAAAUAUGAUCUCAAGGGUUCCACUGUGGCAAGAGAGGCCAGUGACAAGGAGAAGGCCAAGGAGCUGCCCACCUACAAGGACAAUGACUUCAUCAACGAUGGGCAGAAGAUCUACAUUGACGGGGAGAACAAGAAAAUGUUCCUGGAGAAGCUCAGGAAAGACGUGGAGUUCCUUGCCCAGCUGAAGCUCAUGGACUACAGUCUGCUGGUGGGGAUCCACGACGUUGAGCGAGCCGAGCAGGAGGACGUGGAGAGCGAGGACAACGAGGCCGAGGAGGAGGGCGAGAGCGACGGAGGAGGCAUCGGGACGCCCCCCGACAGUCCCAGCAACACCCUGGACAGCACCAAGCCUCUGUCACCAGGGGAGUUUGACCCCGCCAUUGACGUCUAUGCCAUCAAAAGCAACGACAGUGCUCCCAGGAAGGAGGUUUACUUCAUGGCUGUCAUUGACAUCCUACAGCAUUACGAUGCCAAGAAGAAAGCUGCCCACGCCGCCAAGACUGUCAAACAUGGGGCUGGAGCAGAGAUCUCUACGGUGAACCCAGAGCAGUACUCCAAGAGGUUUUAUGAUUUCAUCACCACUAUCCUGUCAUAGCCUCCAGGAGCGUCAGGGGCACAGGGGCACAUGGGAAGGGGAGGGCAAGCGGGGAGUAGGGUGGAGAUGAAAUGUGACGGAGAGGAAAACCAUCGAGAGGCUGCAUUAAUAAGGUGCUGUGAUGGCUUUGUGUCGCUCUCCCUCAUCCAUUCUCCUCUUUCCUCCCUGUUUGUUCCCCUCUCUUUCAGUGGGGUGCCACACUCUGCAGCUAAAAAAAAAGAAAAAAAACAAACAUCAUUCGUUUACAUUUAACCUCUCCUCUGUUGAGUUCUGUUCAUGUGUUACUUUGGAUGAUAAGGGUGUUAAAAGCAAGUGUCCAAGUCAUUACGUUUUUCAUAUAAUUUGUUGUUGUUUAUGUGGGAAUAUGGCUUUUUUUUUUUUUAAUUGCCUCUGACAUCCAGCACCCUGCAUUUUGUUUGUACUUGUCUUUUACUUUUGACGUUGAGGGGGAGGUGGGGGAGGGUGUGACGUGUGUAGUGUGAGGACAAGCGGAGUGUAGAGGUCUGAUUACAGUGCAGAUCGAGGUCCCCCCCUUGCAAAGAGAAAGCUUGAGCGGGAUGUAAAGAUCAAGUCUAUGUUGAGCCUCGCCUAAUGCAAUUGCUUCAUUUCAGGAAGUAGGAAGCAGUCUUCCAAUUGGCCAACAGCCGGACCCACACCUAAAUGCUAUACUCAGCCAAACAAACCUUCCCAUCUGGGUUCCUCCUCCACCCUUUAGACGCCUCCCCCUUCCCUCCUGUUCUUUCGUGUACAGUAAUCGAAUAGAGCUUCUGGGUUAUUCUCUUGCCACAUGCUCCAACGCUUCUCUUUAGCUGACAUGAGUUCACGUGUAGUAAAUUAUAACGCUUGUUCCCAGCACUAAUUACACCUCAGUGUCUGUCAGCGCUUUGUCCCUUUUGUGCUGCACAGCAAUUAAGAAUGUUAAAGGGAAGGAUAUGCAUCUUAAAAACGAGAAGACGAGGGAAUGAACAUACUGCUUCCCUUUACUGUCGUUCUCUCUGAAUAUGUUUGGUUUCUGUUCUGUGGCAGAGAAUGGCCCAGAAGUGACGUGUGGCUGCUUUCGAGUCACUCCUCAUGAUAAAAUCUUCGUACAGGGUGUCAGACUGAAACAUCAAAAGCCCUUAACUUUCUGUUGCCAUCAGCACCUUAUGAGUAAAAUCAAAAAAAUGUUGCACUUUUAUUUGUUGUUAGAGGUUAGGAGCUCUUAUUCUGUUACAUGCGCAGCAACAAAGAGGAAAAAGAAGCUCGACUAGAAUUGAAUCUUAGAAGCCUGAUCUCAAAUCCCGUCUCCUCCAUGCGUGGGUUUCUUUUUACAGGGAUUGGUCGGGGAGAAUUUACUGCAAUAUUAGGUAGUGGAAAAGGUGGAUUAGUCCUUUUUGUAAAAAACGAACCGUUCCAAUCCUUUAAGAAGUGCUCUGUGGCGGUGGUGGGGUUUGGAAUCAGGCAACAGUAUGACAGAAGACGGUUUACCUCCAGCAUCGUACCAGCACGCACCCAGUGAUGGCGACCGGUGCGUGUGUCAGUGUUCAAAAGUCGUAAAGGGGGAGAGGAGAGGGGAGGUUGGGUAGAGUAGCUUAGAGACGUAAAGACAAGUGUUGUUAAGUCAUUAACACCAACAGCAUCGUUCUCUAACCUCGGCUGUGACUCUGUUACUCAUCGUUGUUUGUGUUAUUCUUGACUUUUUUUUAAAAGGUGGAUUAUAUGUUUUGAAUUUGGCGGUUUUAUGAAUUGAUUUUUUUUUUUUCUGUUUGAGUUUUUGUCGUUUUGUUUUUGUUUUUUUUGUAUAUUUUGCACAAGAGGAAAGGAACCAAAUGUUACGAAUACGAUCCCAAUUAGUCGAUAAUGGUCUUAACAAGGGAAAUGCAAUAUACUUGUAUGUGAGUGAGAAAAGUUGUUUUUUUGCGUGUGACGUUGUGUAUCACUUCUGGAUAACCGACUAAAAUAAGUAAAAGUCGUCCUUCUUGACUAUUCUAACCCAUGCAAAAAGCUUCCAUCACGAUAUGUUUGUUUAGAUAUCAUAGAUUAUAUUCACAUUUAUAUUUUUACAUUGGAUUUUAGUCAUGAAAUAUAGUUGUAUUUAAAAAAAACAAAACAAAUGGAGCCACCCUUCGGAAUGAAUGAUGGUGCUGUGGUAUAUGAAGAAUGAUACUGCUUGAAUUUUUACAAUUUAUAGAUGUACUUAAAACUUAAAAAAAAAAAAAAAAUGGGAAAAAAAAAAAUUUGCAUGUCACAGGACUAAGUUUCCUUUCCCCCCUCUCUAGUCUGUGUUGUUGGCUGUUCAGGUUCUCUUUGUGCCCCUACACUUUAACCAGAUUUGUGAGCUGUUCGGUGUGUAAAAUAGACCCUACCAUGCUUUAAAUAACUGUGUUUCAUUGUAUACACUGUGCAAGAUGUGUGCCUUUAUACUCCAAAAUUAUUUAAUUUUAUAUUUUGUAAUCUUUUUUUAAAACAAAGGUAAAAGGUUAUUUUAAUAAUAGGGUGUUUACGUAUUAUUUGCAACCUUAUUUUCAACCCCUCGCUCAACCUUCUCCCACUUUGCAAACGCCUCUGUAUUUGUUUCAGUCAUUUGAACAAAAACCAUUCCAAGGAUUGUGUUUUAACAUGGGGGGAGGGGGGGAGAAAAAAAAAAAAAAGCAAAUACUUGUCUAAUAUUUGAAGACGGUGGAUCGGAUUCUGUACAUUUACAUCCACCGUCCUGACUAUUCAGUGUGCACAGGCAUCCUUUUCCCCUCCCCUCGGACUGGAGGCGGUGUCUGCUUGUAUUAAUCCUUUGUUGGUUCGCGCUGGUCCUGCCUUUAUAAAGAAUGUGUGCGUGGAAGUGCAUUGUGGAGUGCGUGUCGUGACUGUGUUUUGUCGUGCUCGUCCCUUUCUAACUGGCGGCGUAACUCACCUCAGGAGUCCGUCGGCAUUUCAUGAAAUUCACAACUACCCAUGCGGUCACAUUUCAAGAUGUGAUGUUUCUUUUUUUUAAUUUUUUCGUUAAGUGUUCGUCCCAUAUUUCACUUAACUUCGACGUACUGUUUAUUUCUGAAACCAUGUUUUUUUUUCUUGCUUCCCGCCCUCCAUGUUUUUUUAUUUUGUGUGUAACCCAGAUCACCUGCUUGUAAUCAGGGACUUUAUCAUCUGAUCGUUCAACCCCGAGUCAGUGCUUAGUGGAUAUUUCCGUGUUCUUUCACUGUAGAUGGGCUGUUUUGUUUCUGUUGUCACAUGAUGUACAUAGGUCAUGUCAUAAAGAAAAACGGGGAAUGAGGGAACACAAUCAUCUUCCAGUCUGCUUUGCUCUGUUCGGCUCUUUCCUUGUUGCAGGUGGAGACAGCAGAGCAGUGCAUACUGAGUGAGGUUUUUGUUGUUUUUUUUGUUUUUUAAUGUUUGGGAAUAGUAACUCUGGAUCUAAGAAAGGAAACGGUGAAGCCAGACUUUAACAGAUGCAAAUUAAAGAUGACAAUAACACACACAUGCCCUGCUGCUGUACCUUGAAAUGAAUAAGUCCUCGCUUUUGUGACUUUCUCUCAUGAAUGAACUUUAUCGCCCAUCAGUUAACCUGCUGCCACCGUUAACUUGCCAAAAGCAGUCAGAACUACCCCCAUAUGAGCUUGAAGAACAUUGUGUAUCGUAUAAUGUGUAUGUUUAUUCUGUUUUUUGUUGUUUUUUUCUUUGUGGUAGAUGGAGUGAGGUGUGCAGUGCUCAUAUGUGAACAUGUUGGAAGUUAUGGGAAAAACAGGCCUGUGUUUAUGUGGUUUAUCAAAUGUUAAGGGAAAACUAGGUUACAAAUGCGAAUGACCGGAGGCCGGGGACAAUCCGCAGAGGUGGGACUGAUUUCUUUGGCUUUAGAAUUCUAAAAAAAAAAAAUCAGCAAAGCUUUUUGGACAUUUCCAAAGUUCUUAAAAAAAAAUAGUUGAAUUCAGUGAAGCGGCACACAGAAGUCAAACAAGCCAGAGAGCAGAAGCACCACCAGCCUGCAGGAUGUGCUUCGGUCUCCCAACAGCCCCCAACUGCUUCUAGACUCCAACUAAAAGACUUAAAGCAUUGGUUGAAGCAUUACUGUGUGCGUAUGUGUGUGAGCGUGUGUGUUUAUUGCUGUCUGACAAUGGUUGGUGAGAGUUUCCCUUUCAGUGGCAGAAAGGCCAAAAUGAUGUUGUAUGUUUAUUGUUCUUCACAUUUAAUGAUGAUGAUAAUAAUAAUAAUACACUCCAUUCCAUAAGCGUUCACUCAAACCAAUUAAAGCACUUGUUCUGCUUAACUCAAA